AUGGCCGGUGGGAAGAGGGUUUCGAGUGAUCCCAUAAAAACGGGCAUAGGAAGGGGCUUGUGUGCUACAAAGAAGGUCAGGCCAUGCGUGCGAGGUGAGGCCGCGGCUGCGACGAACCAGCGUGAGGAAGAGAAGAUCAAGAUCACCGUCGCCAUCGACCCCGAGCUGCUGGAAUGCGGUGUUUGCUUCGGCCCACUGACUCCACCUCUUUUCCAGUGCGCCAAAGGCCACAUCUCAUGUUCAGAGUGCUGCACCGGUCAGGCUGUGGACUACGAGUGCCUGAUGUGCCGUGAGCCGGAGACCGCCACCCGCUGCCGCGCCAUGGAGCGCGUCCUCGACGGCCUGUCGGUGCCGUGCGCGUUCAGGCAGCACGGCUGCGCCAAGAUGAUCCCGUACGCGGAGAAGCCCGCCCACGACGCGUCGUGCGACUACGCGCCGUGCUACUGCCCCAUCGCCGGCUGUGCCGGCGGCUACGCCGGCGCGACCCUGCGCGACCACGUCGAGCUGGACCACCCGGCGGUGCACCGCACCCGCGUCAGGCCCGGCUGCCUCACCGCGCUGAGGAUGCGCGCGGGCGAGGUGGCCCGCAUGGUAUGCCUCGGCCCUGGCACGGCGGAGUUCCUGCUCGUCGUCGCGCGAGACGUGCCGUCAGGGCGCGCGCUGUCGGUGGUUCGGCUCAUGGACGAGCCGUUCGAGGAGGAGUUCAGGUACAGGAUCGAGGUGGUCGGCAAGGCGGGCGUGCUCUCGCUGUCCGGGCAGGCCGACGGCAUCGAUCGGCUACCAAGGCCGUACCAAGCGAGAGCGUUCCUCUUCGUCCCGGACGCCAUAUGGGACUCUUCUCCUGAGGACAUCCCGGUGUUCAUCGAGCUGAAAUGA